CCAGACCCCGCCCUUCCCUCGCUCCGGCUCAGCGCAGCCGCCCUCCUGCCCGCCGGACUUCACAGUCUCCAGCCCCCGGCUCCAGACUUCAGCCGCCGCCACCAACCCCCCACCCUCCUAGAGGACUCCCUGGGCGGGGCCGAUCGCGAGGAGCAACCCCCCGGACUGCCUCUCAGAGCAGGGUGGGGAAGGGGAUCGUAGUCCGCCGCCACCUCCGAGCAGGCCUCCAGGUGAGCGCCGGGACAGACAGCGCUGCAGGCCCGCUUGAGCGUCAAGUUCACAAACUUGAAGUGGAGCUGGCCAGUGGAGUUGUGUGUUGUUCUUCAGCUGCUUUAAACCGUGUGAGUACAGGCACAGGACUCUGGCGGCCGGAGAUGGGCGCCCGGCCCUCGCGGCGGCGGCAGCUGCCCGCGGACCCGCCCAUAGCCUUGGACGCGCUGCCCCCGGAGCUGCUCGUGCAGGUGCUGAGCCACGUGCCCCCGCGCGCGUUAGUGAUGCGCUGCCGCCCGGUGUGCCGCGCCUGGCGCGACGUGGUGGACGGGCCCACCGUCUGGCUGCUGCAGCUGGCCCGCGACCGCAGCGCGGAGGGCCGCGCCCUCUAUUCGGUGGCCCAGCGCUGCCCGCCCAACAGCGAGGAUGAGGAGGAGUUCCCGCUCUGCGCUCUGGCGCGCUACUGCCUGAGAGCGCCCCUAGGCCGCAACCUCAUCUUCAACUCCUGCGGAGAGCAGGGCUUCAGAGGCUGGGAGGUGGAGCACGGCGGGAAUGGCUGGGCCGUGGAAAAGAACCUCAUAAUGAUGCCGGGAGCUCCUUCCCAGACCUGCUUCGUGACUUCGUUCGAAUGGUGCUUUAAGAGGCAGCUUGUGGACUUGGUGAUGGAAGGGGUGUGGCAGGAGCUGCUCGACAGCGCCCAAAUCGAGAUCUGUGUGGCCGACUGGUGGGGUGCCCGGGAGAACUGCGGCUGCAUCUACCGGCUUCGGGUCCGCCUCCUGGACGUGUAUGAAAAUGAAGUGGUCAAGUUCUCGGCCUCACCCAACCCGGUCCUUCAGUGGACUGAGAGAGGCUGCCGACAGGUCUCCCACGUCUUUACCAACUUUGGCAAGGGUAUCCGCUACGUGUCUUUUGAGCAGUAUGGAAGAGACACGCGUUCCUGGGUGGGGCACUACGGCACCCUUAUGACCCACUCCAGUGUGAGGGUCAGGAUCCGCCUGUCCUAGCCAACCAGCCUGACCUAGCCUUCCUGGACAGACCUCCAUCUGCCGGACACUAACAUCAAUCAAGGGCGGCUUUUGCAGCCAGGAGCCAGAGAAUGCCUGAGGAAGGGUUUGGGGAGGUCCUGUGUGGCCUGUUCCCGGCACUCUUCCAGUGAACCCCAUUUGCUGCUACUUCAGCCAAGGAACCAGGGAUCCAACCAGGCUGGUCACUUGCUUCCCCAGGGCAGUGUCAAAGAGUAACUCAGAGACCUGUAUUGUACUUGUAAACUUCUUUUUCACA